AUGAAUUACUUUUACAUGGUCAGCGCGAUGUUCCUCCCCUUUGCCCCCCUCCUCUCUCUCCUUCCUUUCGCCUUCCCUGACUUCAAGGAUUACCUCGGAUUGGGUCCCGCCGAAAAGUUCGCCCACCCUAUAAUAAUUGGCUUGUCUUUUCUUUUCUUGAAAAGCCCAAUUUUAUGGUGCGGUGCACUCAGUCUCGUGUCCCUAGCCGUCCCCCUCCUCCUCGACCGGCAUAGUGAGUUCCCCGUCUCGAUCUGGUGGGUCAUCGGAUACCUAAUCACACAAACCGCCGCGGGGAGUUACACUCCCUAUGGCUGGUACGUGGGUUUAGCAGCAGUCUGCUACAUCCGAUGGCUCAUCCAUGGUCCGUGGAUUCUUUGCUGGGCUCCUGGAGACAUGCUCUGGAUGCACUUCCUCGAUAUGUCCGUGAGCUACUGCAGCACCAUGGAGACCAAUUUUUCUGAGCGCAGCAUUGACUGGUUCCUUGACUGCUGCUCGAAACUUUGGGAUCACUUGUGCGACAAAGCCUGGCAGUAUCACGAGGAGUACUCCAGAAAAAUCGACGUCUUUAGAAAGACGGGGCCUGCUUCCUUCAACGCCCAACAUGCUCGCUUCUAUGCCAGGUUAACCGGUUACCUGGACCUGGCAGACGAACUCGUUAUCAAGGCUAUGAAGCCUUUCAAGAUUUCUCCUCGUCCUGCCCCGGUUCGUCCCGAAGAACCCGCGGUGGUCGCUCCUGUUGAGGACCCCGCCCCGCAGGAGGACGAGGAGGAAGAACGAGAAGCGGAGCAUGUCCGCGAGGCGCGAGUACGCCAGGAACAGGAACGACAGCGUCAAGUCGUGGCGUCUGAGCGCAAGUUACCGCCCGCUCAGUUCACGCCCGUGCGUCUAGUGCAUAGAUGCCCGCCGCCCGCUGUCGGUUCCGUCCUGUACCCGUACUCAGGAUCACGUCGUAUGCUUCUUGGUCCCAGCUACCCCCUUUACAGGCCUCGGCCAAGGGGUAUGGGAGUCCCUCAGCCCAAGCCCAAGCCUGGGCCACUUCCUCCACUUGUUCCUGUGGAGGUGGUGGCUGCCCAGAUGAUGGCACAAAGGGCCGUACUGGCCCCUCAGCCUGUGCCGACUUACCAGCCGGUGGCAGGCCCCCAGUACGUUCCGGCACCCCAAGCUGGGUUGGUCCCGGAGUAUGCACCUGUUGCUCUUGAGCAGCAGGUGGCUGCUCCCCAACCCGAGUUCCAGGUGCCUCAACAGGGACCAGCUGUCUUCGAUUACCAUGCUCCUGCCAACCUCUCGCCGCUCCCUCCGGUAACCGUUGCCGUGGACGUCGAUGACCUUAUGGACAUCGACGAUCCAAUGGACAUUGAUGGCCCCAUGGACAUCGGUGACCUUAUGGACAUCGAUGGGCCCAUGCAAAUCAAUGAUCCAUCGGCAAUGGAAAUCGAUUCUCAAUGGGAACCGCAAGAGAAGAAGGCCCCAGGGCUCGUCAUCGCUCACGACUACGGUUGUGAGGCGCAAGGCAACGAGUUCUUGGGCUUUAACGAGCCAAUGUUAAUCGAUGGGCCAGAAGACGACGUGAACGAGGAUAACUCGAUGGACAUUGAUGUCCCACAGAUGGCCAUUGAUGUCCACAUGAUGGACGCUAAUGUCCCACAGGUGGGCAUCGAUGUACAGAUGAUGGACAUCGAUGUCCCACAGGUGGGCAUUAAUGUCCCAGAGGAGGAGGAUUCGAUGCAAAUUGAUGUUGCACCGAACAAGGCGCUGUCUUCUCUACAGGAAGCUGCAGCGGCUGCCUCAGCUGCAUUGACCAAGUCAAUGCAGGGCAAAGCACCAGCCCCUGCACCAGCUCCUGUGCAGAAGCAGCCUCCUCCUCUGCUGACCGUCGAGUUCCUCGAGCAGGCCCCGACGACCGAGAUCCCGGGCCUAGUACACCAGCAGCCGCAGGCCAACGCUACGUCCUUGUCGCUCCCCUGGAAGAUGUUCGGUAGCGGUUCGAACGGCCAGAAGGCGAAGGAGACUAGUUCUCCCAAGUCGGCUGGUCCUCAGAACGCUUCCGGCCUGGGACCUGGUCCCACGCCCACGUCUGUCCAGGGCCAAGGACAAAGCAAGCCCGCCACGGCUCCCCCCAAGAAGAAGAAGAGAUUCACCGAGUCGGUGCACUUACCAGCUCCCACCACCGCACCAGCAGAGGCUUCGAGUUCCAAGAAGCCGACCCCAGCAUGCCUUCCCGGGCUUGCUGCCUCGGUGCACAGUGGUGGAAAGCUGGAGAGUAAUUCCGUUGCGGGUAAGUCGGCAGCAUCCGGCGUGGAGACGCAUGCUGCCAGGCCCAUAACGUACACCGACGAGGCUCAGUAUGAGGACGCCGUCAUGGAUGCCGUUGAGGAAUUCAUGCAGGAACACGGCGUCGACGAGGAGACCGCUAGGGCGGAAGUCCUUAAGCGGAUGGGGCCAUUUUCUGGUUGA